AUGCGUCUCCUGCUCCUUGUCUUGUUUGGCCCCGCAUUGUGUCUAAGUGCAUGCCCGUACGCUAAGGACAAUAGGUGCAUGGGAUGUUCAUAUGCGAGACGAGCCGAAAUUGUUGAAGCCACAAACAGAAACAAUGGCAAAUCCCACGCAUCUAACAAAAAGGGUGUCAUGCUGAUGAAUCGCAUCAAUCCAUCUUCCAUGCAACUCUACAUUGCCAAUUCAGAUGGUAGUAAUGAGCGGUUAUUGUUGGGCAACUCUUCUGUCUUUGAAUACCAUGCCAGCUUCUCUCCAGAUGGUCAAUAUGUUGCCUUCACUAGCGAGCGAAAUGGGGAUGGUAAUUCGGAUCUUUACAUGGUGCAUGUCAAUGGCAGUGGCUUAAGGCCGAUUGCGACCACUCCCGCAGUGGAGGAUGCAGUUUCUAUCUCGCCAAACGGAAGAUAUGCCGUUUACGCGUCUACGCGAGAUGUCUACGUAUCCAAUAUCUGGUUAACCGAUCUUGAGACGGGUCUCACGCGCAAUCUCACGAAUCAGACAGGUAUUACGGGCAAUCCUUACUCGCCGAGCGGGUUCUUUGCACCAACCUGGUCCCCAGAUGGAAACCAUAUUGUCUUUUCCUCGGAUCGCAAUACUGCAUGGACAGGGCACGACAAUGGCACCGGCUGGGAGCAUACUCAAAAUUUGUCGAUAUAUAGUAUCACGCCUCAGGGGACCAAUUUCCGCUUAGUCUACAGUGAGCCGGGAAUGACCUUUGGCUCGCCUAAAUUCUCACCGGAUGGUAAGAGGGUCGUUUUUUACGGGAUGACUCUGCAACAAACAUACGACUCCCGUUCCUCGUUUCGUGAAGACGGUGUGAAUAAUCAAAUAAUUUCUGUGGACUUUGCAACUGGUACAGACCGUCGUUCGGAGACCAAUUCGAAUGGGUCCAAAGUCUUCCCGCAAUACCUUUCCCACGACAAUAUCGGAUAUUUGCUCAGAACAGGGCCCAAUGCGGGGCUUCACUAUACUGGAUCAUCCAGUCAUAUCUCCGGGAAAUUUCGCUCUCCUUCAUGGUCUCCAGAUGGCAAGUAUGUGGUUUAUGAAAAGACCGGAUGGACAUCUCGCUCCUUACAAAAGAAGCUUUAUUCAUGGGACAAUGAGUGGGACUAUCGGUUUAUGGAUGUAUUCCCUGACCUAUCAAGAAAAGGGAUGCUUGUGUCCACUUCCAAGCAGACGGGAAGCCCGGGCAACUCAUCUGUUGCCGUGAUGCAGCCAGAUAAUCAUAAAUUCACUGUUCCCUUUGGUACUUUUCAGAUCACACCACAUCCAAUCUCCCAAGCUACCGUUGCAGGUGGUGCAGCUGGCUGUUUCCAACCCUCCUGGUCUUCUGAUGGAGAGUGGAUAACCUUCGGUCUGGGUAAUUGGUUCGAAAGCCGCGCUUCUAACCCGGGCUGGAUCUACCGAACUCGCUCCGAUGGCUCCUACUAUGAACAACUCACAUUCAGCUCAUCCAAUUCCGGUUCCAAUGCAGGCUAUCCCAGCUAUUCGCCUGACGGUAAACAGAUCGUGUACCGGGUUUAUGAACCGGAAUUUGGUCUUCGCCUUCUAAAUCUGGAAACGAAUAUUACCACCAGACUCACAACAGAACGUGACAAUCUCCCUUCGUUUUCACCAGAUGGAGAAUGGGUGCUUUUCACGCGCAAUAUAACCAACCCGGCAAGGGGUCAAUUCUCAAACUACGAGAUUUGCAUCAUUCGACCCAACGGCACCGAUUACACUGAGCUUACUUCGUCUGCCGCCAACGAUGCCCAUGCUGUCUGGACUGCCGAUAGCCGAAUUAUGUGGUCGAGUGGAAUGUGGGGGUUCCAGGCCGAGGCGGCAACAUACGACGAUACCUUUCAACCAUAUGGACAAAUCAUGAUCAUGGAUGCGGAUGGUUCGAAUAAGACUGUUCUUACCAACAGUAUGUGGGAGGACUCGAUGCCACUAUAUGUUUCUAAUUCAAAGUAUUUCGAUUGA